AUGCCAUUAUUACUUAGCGCUUUUAAAAACGGCUCUGCGGUGGUUUCAGGAAAAUUUAUUAAUAAUUGUAAUGAUUUGGACCACAUUUACGACGUCAAACUUUUGGAUGAUUUAAGCUCCGUUAGAAAUAAUCUUCUUGAAAUAGGAGAAAGCUUAGAAAUAAUAUAUCCGCAGAAUCCAGGAACAUAUACAUAG